CAUAAAAUUUACGUUCAUUUUCAUACACCCACAACCUAUUUUAUAUUCUCCAACAAAAGAAGACGCUAUGUUAUAUUUUAAGUAACUUCGAAAGCUUUCACCACCUCAACCAUGGCAGAGCUCCUCCUAAAUCUCUCCUCCACCGCCGUCUUCCUCCUCGCAGUUCUCUCAUUAACUUCAUCCUUUGCCACCAUAGAAUCAAAGCCUUUCGCUCGAGUUCUCUCCCCAUCAUCCAUGGGGCUAACCAAACCCAAGAAACUAAGCCACCUCCAUUUCUACUUCCACGACAUCGUCGUCGGGAAAAACGCCACCGCGAUCCGAGUAGCCAAAGCACCAACGAAGACGGCGUUCGGUGCGGUGGUGGUGAUAGACGACCCUUUGACUGUCGGCCCCGAUAUCGACUCCAAACUUGUGGGAAAAGCGCAAGGGAUUUAUGUCACGACUUCGCAGACUGAAGCUAGCUUGUUAAUGGCGUAUAAUUUUGCCCUCAUGCAAGGGGUGUACAAUGGAAGCAGCCUCAGCGUUAUGGGACGGAAUCCGGUGUUUUCCGACGUCAGAGAGAUGCCGGUAAUCGGCGGAAGUGGAGUUUUCCGGUUGGCUCGUGGAUAUGCAGAAGCAAGAACUAGUAGAUACGAUUACAAUACGGGGAACGCUUUUGUUGAGUACAACGUUUAUGUUCUUCAUUCAGACUCUCUUGUCCAGAGUUUAAAAUUGAUAUUUACUUUUGGUUAG